GGUGAACCACUUCUGGGAUGCUCUAGACUUGGAGAUACGUGACAGGGCAACACAAUUGCCUAACAUGACGUUUGCCCAAGUGGUUGACCAAGGGUUGAAAGGAGAGAAGCAAUGGGAAGAAAGGAAGAAGAGAGACGCCGAGGAGGCGAAAAAGAGAAAGUGGGAGAGUCAUGGCUCCCAAGGUUCCAACAAAAAGGGGAACCACGGAGGAGGAUCUUUCCGGGCACCACCGCCACCAUAUAGGGGGAACCAAGGCCCGAGUGGGCAAGGCGCGAGGUCACAAACCUCAGUGGUAGCUCGUUGCAACAAUUGCAAGAAGAACCACUCCGGUAAAUGUCGCGACCCCCCUAGAUGUUUUCAAUGCGGGGAUGCCGGGCAUUUGAAGGCGCAUUGUCCACAAUUGAGUGGGGCAAGGGCAUCGGGACCGAGUAGCGGUCCGACGGGUACACGGAAUCAAACCGGGGCUUCUCAAGCAAGCCGGGGACACGGGGGGGCAAGUACAAGCAACGCGCCAUCCGUGAACCAAGGGAGGACCCAGGCUAGGGUCUAUGCGAUGACGGAGGCGGAUGCUCAAGCUAACCCGGACUCCGUCGCAGGUAUUGCCUCUCAUAUACUAGUGUUUUAUCCUUAAUUAGUCCAUAAAUUGAGGAUACUAAUCGCUAGGAUCAUUGCACGAGGUUUUGGGGUCGAACCGGGGGAUUUCGGGCAACUUCAGGCGGCUGGGACCCAGGCACGAUCGUGCCUAAGGCAGACACGAUCGUGCCUCCAAGUCAGUAGCUGCCCAGGAAAAUUCCCAACCCAGGCACGAUCGUGCCUAAGGCAGACACGAUCGUGCCUACAAGGCAGUAGCUGCCCAGGUGUUUCUUCAAACCAGGCACGAUCGUGCCUAAUCCAGACACGAUCGUGCCUCCAAAUCAGUGGCUCCCCAGGAUUUCCCAACCCAGGCACGAUCGUGCCUAAGGCAGACACGAUCGUGCCUCCAAGGCAGUGGCACCCUGGGCGUUUCCCCAAGCCAGGCACGAUCGUGCCUACCCCAGGCACGCCGUGCCUGGCACCCAGAUUGCCGAAACCCGAUUUUUUCGCAUCGUUUUGCGACGUUAAGGCCUCUUCUUGAUCCCUAACGUGCGUGUGAACAUUGCAACCUUCUAUAAAUGAGUAGGGAGGGUAGGAAAGAUGUCUUACAUGGUUCAUGAAUGUAGGGACACUAAAGAUUAACGGGAAGGAUGCACGAAUCCUUAUCGAUACCGGAGCGCAACGUUCAUUCGUGAGUGAGGCGUUUGCCGAGAGCUUAGAGAUGCAAUCAAUACCAAUGACACAAACCUUAGUGGUAUCAACCCCACUAGGGGAAGACGUUGAAAGAAACAAUUACUAUCCAUCUUGUAUGGUGGAAAUCGGUGGCCAAACCUUGACGUGUGAUUUUGUACCGCUGAGUAUGAUGGAGUUCGAUGCAAUCCUAGGGAUGGAUUGGCUAGAAAAGCAUCAUGCUAGGGUAGAUUGCUACACAAAGGUGUUGGAACUCGAAGGCACACAGGGGGACACCCUACGCUUCGAGGGGGACCGCGGCAAAUCAAAUAGUUGUAUCAUAUCCGCCGUGAGAGCGAGAAAUAUGAUGAGGAAGGGAUGCCACGCAUAUCUAGCAUACGUGGUUGACAAAACCAAAGAGGAAACGAACGUCGAUGAUGUGAGGGUGGUUUGUAAGUAUCCGGAUGUCUUCCCUAAAGACCUACCGGGGCUUCCACCUGACAGAGAGAUUGAAUUUGUGAUCGAGGUCGAGCCUGGUACCAAACCAAUCUCCAUACCGCCAUACCGGAUGGCACCCGCUGAACUUAACGAGUUGAAAACCCAAUUGCAAGAGCUUUUGGAUAACGGUUUCAUUAGACCAAGCCACUCCCCGUGGGGAGCACCGGUUCUUUUUGUGAAAAAGAAAGAUGGGACACUUCGAAUGUGCAUUGACUAUCGUCAACUGAACAAGGUCACAAUCAAGAAUAGGUAUCCGUUGCCUAGGAUUGAUGACUUGUUUGAUCAACUACGAGGAGCAACCGUGUUUUCGAAGAUUGACUUAAGGUCGGGGUACCAUCAAUUGAAGAUUAAGGAAGAUGACAUACCAAAGAGUGCUUUCCGCACAAGGUAUGGGCAUUUUGAGUUCCUUGUUAUGUCGUUUGGGUUAACAAACGCCCCGGCGGCAUUCAUGGACUUGAUGAACCGAGUAUUCCAUAAAUACUUGGAUCGAUUCGUGAUUGUGUUCAUAGAUGACAUCUUGAUUUACUCAAAGAGUGAAGAAGAGCAUGAGGAGCACUUGAUACUUGUUCUUGAAACACUACGGGAGAAGCAACUCUAUGCCAAAUUUUCUAAAUGUGAAUUUUGGCUAAAGGAGAUUGGCUUCCUCGGGCACGUGGUUUCAGGAUCGGGGAUUGCUGUUGAUAACAAGAAGAUAGAAGCCAUUACUGAAUGGGAGAGGCCAAAGAACGUCAAGGAAAUUCGUAGUUUCCUUGGAUUGGCAGGCUACUAUAGAAAGUUCGUGGAGAAGUUCUCUGUUUUGGCAUCGCCAUUGACGAAGCUCACUCGUAAAGGAGCUAAGUUUGUAUGGGAUGACAAAUGUGAGAAAGGGUUCAUGGAACUAAAGAAGAGAUUGACUGAGGCACCGGUACUUGCAUUACCCAAACAAGGUGUGGGGUACGAUGUCUAUAGCGAUGCGAGCAUCCAAGGGCUCGGAUGUGUACUGAUGCAGAAUGGGAGGGUAAUCGCCUAUGCUUCACGACAAUUGAAGAAGCAUGAGGUGAAUUAUCCUACUCAUGAUUUGGAGCUCGGGGCAGUGGUAUUUGCACUGAAGAUAUGGAGACAUUAUCUCUACGGGGAGACAUGUCAUAUAUACACUGAUCACAAGAGCUUGAAGUACGUGUUUACUCAGAAAGAGCUAAACAUGAGACAGAGACGGUGGAUGGAGCUGAUAAAAGACUACCAUCUAGUGAUAGAGUAUCACCCAGGCAAGGCAAACGUGGUGGCAGAUGCUUUGAGCCGGAAGAGCUCGUCUGGGGCAUUGAUAACUAAUUUGAGGGCAUUAAGAGCCCAACUGGAGGUAACCAGCGAUGGUGCCUUAUUGGCACGAUUUGAGGUGAGACCCACUUUACUUGAUGAGAUCAAGAAGGGUCAGGAAGCCGACGAAGAACUUAUGAAGGUCCGGGAACGCAUGCAAGCGGGGCCGGUGGAGGAUGUCAGGGAAAGAGAUGAUGGUCUCUUGUUAUUUCGUGACCGAGUGUGUGUACCGUCAGAUGAUGAGCUCCGAAAGUCCAUCUUAGAGGAGGCUCAUUCAUCGGCUUAUGCCAUGCACCCGGGGGGCACGAAAAUGUACCGUGAUUUGAAGGAAAGUUACUGGUGGUCUGGAAUGAAGAGGGAAAUAGCCGAGUACAUCAGUCGGUGCCUUACUUGUCAACAAGUUAAGGCAGAACAUCAGCACCCAGCAGGCUUAUUGCAACCACUCUCCAUCCCUGAAUGGAAGUGGGAGCACGUGACUAUGGAUUUCGUGGUAGGCUUACCACGGACUAUCAGGAACUAUGACGCGGUUUGGGUCGUUGUGGAUAGGCUCACAAAGAGUGCACACUUCUUGCCUAUCAACACUACCUACCCACUUGAGAGGUUAGCCAAAUUGUAUACGGAUGAGAUCGUGAGGCUGCAUGGGGUCCCGGUGACCAUUGUAUCUGAUAGAGACCCACGAUUCACAUCACGUUUUUGGCCGAAAUUCCAGGAGUCUAUGGGAACGAAGUUGAAGUUCAGCACUGCUUUCCAUCCACAGACGGAUGGGCAGUCUGAAAGGGUUAUACAGAUCCUAGAAGACAUGUUGAGGGCUUGUGCAUUGGAGUUCCAGGGGAGUUGGGACAACCACUUAGCACUUGUGGAGUUUGCCUAUAACAACAGUUAUCAGGCAAGCAUUGGCAUGCCUCCAUACGAGGCAUUGUAUGGGAGGAGGUGCCGUACACCGUUAUGCUGGGACGAGGUUGGCAUGGCCAAACUCGAGGGUACUGAGUUGGUGGAGGUCACCAAAUCAAAGGUGAAGUUAAUUCGAGAGAGACUCAAGGCGGCUCAGGAUAGACAAAAGAGUUAUGCAGAUAAGCGUCGAAGAACCUUAGAGUUUAAGGUUGAUGACGAGGUAUUCUUGAAAGUUUCUCCUUGGAAAGGGAUCAUUCGGUUCCAAACCCGAGGAAAACUUAACCCACGAUAUAUAGGUCCAUUCAGAAUUAUAGAGAGGAUUGGGGCCGUUGCAUAUCGUCUACAGUUGACUCCUGAGUUAGAGAAGAUACAUAAUGUGUUUCAUGUAUCCAUGCUUAAGAAGUAUGUGCAUGAUCCCUCUCACGUACUGGAGAAGCCACCUGUAGAGGUACGUGAGGAUUUGAACUACGCUGUUCAACCUAUCAAGGUCACCGAUAGAAAGGUGAAGAAGCUGAGGAGCAAAGAAGUCCCAAUGGUUAAAGUCCUGUGGAAGAGCGAUCGGGUCGAGGAAGAGACAUGGGAAACAGAGGCUUUGAUGAGGAAGCAGUAUGCUUUCCUAUUCGAGUAGAGCUGUGAAUUUCGGGGACGAAAUUCCUGUUAAGGGGGGGUGAACUUGUGACACCGCACCCGAACGUCCUUGAAAACUCGAUUUAAAAAUUUAUAAGUGAUGUAUUGAAUUUCCGAUUUCAAAACAAUGGGAGAAACGAUUAAUAUUUUACGAAGUACAUGAUUGAAUAUUGUAUUGUUCAAACCCGCAUUCUUUUGUAAUUUUCAUCAUGUAAAUUAUUGGGAGGAGCCUACACAUAUUGGAGAUCAAUAAUGUGAUUUUGGAAGUUGACUUGUUCUAAAUAAAUUAGGAUGAGUACAAAAAGACAUCUUUGACAAAGAUAAAACAAUAGGACCCAUCUUCCCAUUUUUUUUGGAAGUAUUGGUAGAUAUUUUGGACCCCAAAUUGAUUGGGAUUAAUUGGGGGGCAUCCCAUGUGGCUUGAGUACCUGCAAGACAAGGAAAAUAUGUGAGGAGACUCACCUUGGCCGCACCACAUGGAGAAGCAUUGCCCAUGACACAAUUGGGAUCAAAUUUUGGGGCCACCACCACUGUUUUCGCACAAACAGGUGUGCUGUUUUGUCUCCCUUCAUUUUGAGAGUUGUACUCGUCCAAAUGGGGUGUAUAAGGUGUCUUUGGAUAGCUUUUGAAGUCUAUUUUCAUAUUUGAGUGGCCACAGUUCGAGAGGAGAGAGCAAUCAUCCAAAAAUCGAUCUGGAACGAGCAGAGGUCUGUGAACUCGAGCUGUGAGAGUGCUGAGACUGUUUGGUCGAUAUCUCGAGUUUUACCAAUCCAAUUAAGGCGUGUGAGAUACCAAAAGAAAGCUCUCAAGACGAGGAAUCCGUGAAGGUAUGGUUUGCAUCAAUCGGAGUAGAGGAAGGCUUCCAAAUCGUCCGAACAGAACGCGACCUCGCAGGAACGGAUUUACUCUUCUAAGAAACGAGUUGGCCGGAAAACACCCAUUCUAGGGGCUGUUUUCGUACCAACGUUUAGGGGUUGAGCUAGCACCUUGAAGAGGCUGUUUAACACUCAUAUUUGAGCAAGGAAUCAGUUCCAAAUCCACCUUGACCGAAGCUUUGACCAUUGGACCAAGAAGGGAAAGUUUAAAGCUCAAUUGAGGUUGAGGCUAGAGCUUGCAUCCUGUGCUCGUUGAUCGAGUGAUUCCUCGGAGAGAAGACUUGGUUCGUGCUUCCUCCAUUCUAUUUGAAACAUUAAUAAAUUUGCUCAUGGAUAUUUUAUUAUAGAGCCUGCGUGCUCAUGAAUAGCCCUGUGUGGCCCUUUCGUUUUAAACAAUGUUUUCCGC